AGCUGCAGCUGCAACGCAUUAUUAGCAUUAUGAGCGCCAGCAGUCGACAGUGGACGUCGGCGGCGUCCUUCUGGCAGCGACAGCGGCAGCGUCAACGUCGUCGUCGCCGGCCAGCAACGGAAACGGACGUGGGACAGGGACGAGCGCAUAAACAACUGUGCAACACUGUGGGCACAAACAUAUCAGCGGCUUAUGAUGAUAAUGAUGAUAAUGAAGCCGGCAAUAGCCCUGCUCCAACUACAAAUUAUAACAUUUCCGGCUUACUAGAUUGCCAGCAGGGACAACAACAGCAACAACAACAGCAACAGCUAACAGGCCGCCUCCAUCGACGCUCAUUGCCAUGGCCGCUGCUGUUGCUGCUGAUGCUCCUAGUUGAUUGUUCAUUGUCAACGACUGGAAAUGACUCGAGCCUGGCACUCAAUGUGACCGUCACGGAAAUCGCAUUAUCUAUGAAUGAGACAACAGCCAUAUUAGCGACGGCCGCAACACCAACAGCAGCAGGAGUAGCAGCAGGAGCAGGAGCAGCAGCAACCACAUCUCUUGAAUUGAGCGAACUAACUGAGGCGGCUAAAGAGGAAGUGGAGGACGCUGAGAACACCAGCGAAUAUAUAUUCGAUCGCACCGAUGUGCGCAUCAUAUUCAUAACCCUCUACACGAUUGUCUUCUGUUGCUGCUUCUUCGGCAAUCUGCUUGUUAUAUUGGUCGUCACGCUGUCCCGUCGUCUGCGGUCCAUAACCAACUUCUUCUUGGCCAACUUGGCCUUUGCCGACUUCUGCGUGGGUCUCUUCUGUGUUAUGCAAAAUCUCUCCAUCUAUCUUAUAGACAGCUUGCAGAUGGUCAUUGUCACCGUGUGGAUAACGUCGGCAGUCUACUCGACGCCCAAAUUUGUCUUCAGCAAGACUAUAAAAAAUAUCCACACCGAGGAUGGCCAGGAGGAGGAGAUCUGUGUUCUGGAUCGGGAAAUGUUCAAUUCCAAGCUGCUCGACAUGAUUAACUUUGUGCUGCUCUACGUAAUGCCGCUUCUGGUAAUGACGGUGCUGUACAGCAAAAUAGCCAUCGCUUUGUGGCGCAGCUCACGUGGUCUCAGUCCGCAUGUGACGCAACAUCAGCAGCAGCAGCAGCAACAGCAUCAACAGCAACAGCAGCAGCAUCAGGCUGGUCCAGAGAACAGCAUGAGUCUGCAUAACAGCAUGUACCACCAUCAUCAUCAUCAUCACCACCAUCAUCCGCACGCACAUCCCCUAGCCCAUCCACAUCAUCAUCAACUCCAUCAGCUGCCAGCGUCGUCGGCGACAGGAGGUGGAGCUGGAGUCGGAGCAGGCGGCGGUGCUGGAGGAGUGGGAACAGGUGCUGGAACAUCCUCGCUAGCUUCCGGCAGCAGUUCCACGUCCUUGUCACGUAAACAAAGCAGUAAAUACGAAAAGCGAGGCGUCAGCAUCACCGAGAGUCAGCUUGAUAAUUGCAAGGUCUCGCUAGAGGCGGAUCGGCCCAUUGUGAGCGCUUGUCGCAAAACGAGCUUCUAUCAUCACUCCCACACGCACAAUCAGCGACAGGGCAAUGGAGGCGGUGGCGGUGGCGGUGGUGUGGGCGUGGCAACCGCACAUAUGUCACACUCAUCGAGCAAUGUACUGCGCGCACGGAGAGGCGUGGUCCGCAUGCUGAUAAUAUUUGUGCUGACAUUCGCGCUCUGCAAUCUGCCGUAUCAUGCGCGCAAAAUGUGGCAAUACUGGUGAGUGUUACACUGCGAGAA